AUGGCUGAGCCGAACGUGAGUCUGGAAAGGGGUAAGCGCGGAAAAGGAACUAAUCCUGAAAAUGGUUCCGAUACUCCUGGUGGUCAACCUCGACGGUGGUUUUCUCCCAGCGUUGCUGAUCACAACGCGAAGCCUGACCGUGCGCCACAACGGAGUUCCAAACGUGUGAAGAGUGGGACGAUGCGUAAGCGCGAUUCGGCGGAUACAAAGGAGUCUUCGAAGGAUGCCGAGAAGCCAUGUACCGCCACGGACAAACCGGCCGACGAUGCGAAACCUCAAGUUCCUGGAGCUGCUGAGUCAACGUCCCAAGUUUCUGCUGAACCGAAGCCUCGAAAGCAUUCUACGGCAUCUAGACGCCAAUUUUCCGCGGCUACGGAGUCAAAACUUAAAAUCCGCGGAUUCACCGAUUCAAAGCUGAAAGAUGAAGCCCAAGGAUCAGCCAAGCCUCGCGGUCGUGCUCCAAGCAUAAAGAAAGUUACGAAGAAAGCGACGCCGAGCAACGAAUCCCAGGAAGAAGAGGCGGGGUCUCCGAUCGCCCGUCCCAAGCCAAAGGCACGAUGGUUUUCACCGAGCGUUGCCGACCAUCAACAUCCCAUCUCGCCGUUGGUACCGCCCAAACGAGUGAUAAAGAAGAAGACCAACAAGAGCUCGGAGGCCUCCGGAGAAGUUCCGAAACCAUCCAAGGGCGAGGUUCAUGAUGCUAAGCCAUUCGCUGAAGAUCAGAAAAAAGGUACGGUAGCUGGUCAGACUGUUACUUUAGCUAAUCGACAAGCUAAUGUUAAACCUGCCGCCUCGAAUACGCAGUCUCCAAUCACCACCCCCGGUCCAUUGUCAACUCCUCAAACUGGACGAACAACACCUUCAACCGCACCUAUGGCCCCUACAAGUGGACCCACAACAACUUCACCUGGGGCAACAACAACUUCACCUGGCCAAACCACUCCUUUAACUCUACCAAGUACACCUUCGACUGACCAUAUGACCCCUACAAGUGGUCCAACCACGACUUCACCUGGUCAAACUGGACCUCUCACCCCUUCAACUGGCCAGACUACCCCCACAAGCGGGCCGGCAACAACCUCACCUGGCCUAACAACAACUUCACCCGGUCAAAAUAAUCCGUUAACUCUACCAAGCACUCCUUCAACUGAUCACAUCACCCCUACAAGUGGACCAACAACAACUUCACCUGGUCAAACCACUCCUUUAACAGACAAAAAGACCUCCUCAGCGGAUCAACAAACCCCUCCGACUGGAGAAUCACCCUUAGCAGAAAUCACAGCAUGUGAUGAUAUGGUCUUACCCAUGGCAUUGAGGAGAAAGACGAGGAGAGAACGUCGCAAGCGCACCAAUGAUUCAAGAGCAUCUGUUUCACUAGAUCAAGAAGCUGAUCAGGAUGUUGUCAAAACUUGUGAAGUCAAUGCACGAAACGACUCACCGGUACCUGUAGGGCAAGAUAAACUGCCAAAGGAUGGAAAGAAGAAGGUUAGUGUGGGGGAAACCCCACCCCAGGUUAAGAUCAGUCCAUUCUCGCCGAGCACUGGGUCAACACCAGCUGAAUCCCCUGGUAACGUUACUGGUUCUACUGGUACUGCUCCGUCGGCCGUGAGUUUUUUGAUAUUACAGUGGUAUUUUUAAACCUAAUAUUGAUCUUGAUUCAAGUAGGUAAUAUAUCCUUAAAAUUUUAGGACUCGAAAGCUAAAAUACGCAUUCCGGAAGCAAAUAUACCAGAUCGUGCUGAAAGUGAUGACAAAUUUUCUGGAGACGUGUCUACGGAUCAGAAGGACCAAAGCGGUGACCAAAGUGGUGACGACUAUGUCAUUUACAAGAAACCCCACCCAAAACGAGAAAGAAAGGACAGUGCCGAACUGGCGAGGGCGGUGGUUGAGCACUUGAAAAAAACGGUAGGAUAAAGCAAUUUUAAACUAACUAUUUUUCAGAAGGCAAGAAACAUUGAAGCCAAGAGAAUUCGCUUGAAGAAGGCCAGAGAUGAGAGGCGGAAGAAGCUCAGGGAACUGAAGGAAAAGGGCUUGAACAAACCGACCAGCACCGAUCCAGACGCGUCGACCAAGGUUGUAAGGAAGAAGAAUCGUCGAAGUACGAAGAGUACAUGA